UGACCCCAUAGGAAAUAUCAACCUUGCCAUGGAAAUUGCUGAAAAACAUCUGGAUAUCCCUAAGAUGUUGGAUGCAGAAGAUGUAGUAAACACUGCCAGACCUGAUGAAAGAACCAUUAUGACUUAUGUUUCCUGUUACUACCAUGCAUUUGCUGGUGCUCAGAAGGUGAGGUUGUAGAUAGAUCAGAUCUCACCCUCCACCUUCUUUGUUGUUUCUUUCAGCAAUUUUUUUUUCCUCUUCAGAUCUUUCCCUCACUAGUUCUUAGGACCACAUCUUAGAGCUGACCUCAUUUCCUGUUGCCUCAUUUUCUCUGUGAGACAUUGUCUCUGUAGAGCCAGUAGUAGUCUAUCCGUUUGUUCUGUAGAAACAAACUUUCCUCUCUCAUCUUUCUGUAUAUUUACUAAUAAUAUCCAGUAGGUUUUUGACAUCUGAAUACUGGUCUUGGUAGGACAUUAUUCAAUAUCCUUUGCUUGAACUUCUGUGCUUUGAUUAGAAGCACCUUAAAAAUGUUAGAAGAAAAUAAGCGCAUAGUGAAAAAGCUAUUCCAAUAGCAGAAUCUCAUCUUUUUCUGCCUGCUGGAUAUUAUUCUUGUUACAUACGUAAAAAUCUUCAUGACAGAUGCUCAGAAAAUGAAUCCUUUUCUUAUGCUUUCAGGAUUGUUUUUUUAAAUAUUAAAUACUCGAUGGUAAGUAUAAUCAGCAACAUAAAACAUCAAUACUGUACAAAACAGGAAAAUAUACAGACAUCUCACAAGAGCUCUGGAAUCAUGUUCUAAUGAGAAGAAGUGAAAGUAGAAAAGGCAAGGCAAAUCAGAGAGUUGGACAUAUUUUAGGCAUUAGUAAUACAAGGAGUAAUGAUAUAUAAUGUUAAAGUUAAAACUGAUCCAUAUGUAGCUUCCAGAGAACAUCUCUUCAGAUCAAAAUCUAGCUUGUCUUUUCUCUGUGUUAGCCAGUGAGGUAUUUAUGCCAAUUAUUAUGCAAUUAUUAUACCUUUUAAAAUUAAGGUAAUUUCCUCUGUGACAAUACUGCAAGAUCAAAAAUUCCACAUUUUUGUAAGAGCUUGUGUUGAAUUUCUAGAGUAUGGAUUUUUUUUUUCUGUCAAUGCCCAUCAAACUAAAACUGUAUUCAUUUCAGCUUUGUAUAUUUUCCAGAGUACAGAGCUAUUUAUGUACAAGAAAACAUUUACAGUGACAACUAUGUUGUGCUUUCAUUUAUUCACUCUACUCCUUGUACCUUUUUGUUUGUUUGUUUUCAUUUCUCCCCCACCGUAUAGAUAUUGUGAACACUCCCAAACCCGAUGAGAGAGCUAUCAUGACAUAUGUGUCCUGCUUCUACCAUGCUUUUGCUGGAGCAGAGCAGGCUGAGACUGCAGCAAACCGGAUCUGUAAGGUGCUUGCUGUGAAUCAAGAAAAUGAGAGGUUGAUGGAAGAGUAUGAGAGACUUGCAAGUGAGCUUUUAGAAUGGAUUCGCAGGACAAUUCCUUGGCUGGAAAACAGGACCCCAGAAAAAACAAUGCAGGCUAUGCAGAAGAAAUUAGAGGAUUUCCGGGACUACCGCCGCAAACACAAACCUCCCAAAGUUCAAGAGAAAUGCCAACUGGAGAUCAAUUUCAACACCCUGCAGACAAAACUGAGAAUCAGCAAUCGACCAGCUUUCAUGCCAUCAGAGGGAAAAAUGGUUUCGGAUAUUGCUGGUGCUUGGCAGAGACUUGAACAAGCUGAGAAAGGCUAUGAAGAGUGGCUACUGAAUGAAAUACGAAGACUGGAAAGACUUGAACACUUGGCUGAGAAAUUUAGACAGAAGGCUUCCACUCACGAGCAGUGGGCAUAUGGCAAAGAGCAGAUCUUACUUCAGAAGGAUUAUGAAUCUGCGUCUCUGACAGAAGUCCGUGCCAUGUUAAGGAAACAUGAGGCUUUUGAGAGCGAUUUGGCUGCUCACCAGGACAGGGUGGAACAGAUCGCUGCCAUUGCCCAGGAGCUGAAUGAACUGGACUAUCACGAUGCUGCAAGUGUCAAUGAUCGAUGCCAAAAGAUAUGUGACCAAUGGGACAGCUUGGGAACACUUACUCAGAAGAGGAGAGAGGCACUGGAGAGGACGGAGAAAUUGCUUGAAACAAUUGAUCAGCUUCACCUUGAGUUUGCCAAAAGAGCUGCUCCGUUCAACAACUGGAUGGAAGGUGCUAUGGAAGACCUACAGGACAUGUUUAUUGUUCAUAGCAUAGAGGAAAUUCAGAGUUUAAUCUCUGCACAUGAUCAAUUUAAAGCUACUUUGCCAGAGGCAGAUGGUGAAAGACAGGCCAUACUGUCAAUCCAGAAUGAAGUUGAAAAAGUUAUUCAGAGUUACAGCAUGAGAAUAAGUGCAAGCAAUCCUUACAGCACUGUUACUGUGGAAGAGAUUCGUACCAAGUGGGAAAAGGUGAAGCAGCUGGUACCUCAGAGGGAUCAAUCCUUGCAGGAAGAACUAGCCCGCCAGCACGCCAAUGAACGCCUGCGUCGCCAGUUUGCUGCUCAGGCCAAUGUCAUUGGGCCAUGGAUCCAGACCAAGAUGGAAGAAAUUGCCCGCAGCUCUAUUGAAAUGACAGGGCCUUUGGAGGACCAGAUGAAUCAGCUGAAGCAAUAUGAGCAAAAUAUCAUUAACUAUAAACACAACAUUGAUAAACUGGAAGGAGAUCAUCAGCUUAUACAAGAAGCCUUGGUGUUUGACAAUAAACACACCAACUAUACAAUGGAGCAUAUCCGUGUUGGAUGGGAGCUCCUGCUUACCACCAUUGCUCGAACUAUCAAUGAGGUUGAGACUCAGAUCCUCACAAGAGAUGCCAAGGGUAUCACCCAGGAACAAAUGAAUGACUUCAGAGCAUCAUUCAAUCAUUUUGACAGGGGUGAAGCUGAGUUUGCUAGAAUCAUGUCUCUGGUUGACCCCAAUGGGCAAGGAACCGUCACUUUCCAGUCCUUCAUUGACUUCAUGACCAGAGAAACAGCAGAUACGGACACGGCUGAGCAAGUGAUAGCUUCCUUCAGAAUCCUGGCUUCAGAUAAGCCUUAUAUCCUGGCAGAUGAGUUACGUCGAGAGCUGCCUCCCGAGCAGGCUCAGUACUGCAUCAAGAGAAUGCCACAAUACACGGGCCCAGGUUCUGUUCCUGGAGCUCUGGAUUACACCUCUUUUUCAUCAGCACUGUAUGGAGAGAGCGAUCUCUGAUUCUAUAAUUGGCUGUAUUCAUAGUAGACAUAACAAAUACCCACCUGAUUGCCCAGAUUGCUUCUCAAAAGGUUUGACAAGCUGAUUAAAAAAGGAGUUUUACAAAUGCAGUAGGUACCUUCAUUGUAAAGUUCUAUUAUUAAAGUAACUAGUGUAUGUUAAUGUGUGCAGCACGCUAGAUUUCUGCAUUGUUGGUUUUAGGUUGUCCGUCCUAUACAAUGCCAGAAAAUAUAUUAAAAAAAAAAAAAAGAAAAAAAAAAGAUGCAAGAUAUUAACUUUGGAAAUAUCUAUUAUGAAAAUAGAAUGCAAGACCUAAGAACAUUGAAACUGUCGAUUGUUAAGAAUCACAAAAUAUUUAUCCAUUUUUCAGAAUGUUUCAAUGCCACAUAUGCUUAUUUUACAACGUUCAUAAAAAUAUGUUAAAGUCCUGCUUUUUACUUUCAUGGAGCAAUGUUAUUUUCCUCUAACGUUUUCUGAUUUUACGUGCUUCUACAGGUGAAAUUCAGUAAAAUGUUAAAAUGAAGUUUUUCAGGGAAGAAAUAUGUCAAACAAGUAAACUACUUAAUUACUAAAACAAUUGAGAAUGCUAUGUUUUGUCUCCUAAAGAUGGUUUUAUAUUCUCACAAAGAAUUGUAAUAUAGGUGAAAAAGGCCUGAAAAGCUGAUUAAAUUGCAGGUUUAGACUUACGUAAGCAGUACUUUUCUUUUAAGCCUUUAACUUUUACAGCUGAGAGAGUACAACUUUUAUAAUCAGAAAUAAUAGGGAACCUAAUUUUAUGUGAGUUGUUUUGUUUUGAAACCCUCAUUCUUGUCUGUGUUGGACAGUCUUUGUUUAUUGGUAUAAGAAAGCCAGUCCUUUGUUGCAUUAGUGGGCAACAUUCACCUCCAUGCUGCACAAUGCAAAAUCCCAUCUGAGGAAAUGUAUUGUGGUUGUCUUGCAGCUUUAACUGUUCAGUGCUCAACUUACAGUUUGUCUUGACUUCUGCUGGUUCACGGGCAGUUCAGUCUGUAUUAUGCUCCUGUGCACUAGUUGUUCUACUGUUUUUUUCCAUCUUGAGAAAUGAUUAAAAAAAAAAGCAGUAACUUUUUUUACUUGAAUCCUACUGUCACUAAGGAAAUGCAAUGUAAUCAAACAAAACCAUUUACAAAUGGUGAAGUAAGCUGUGCAGCGCAGUGCUAUUAAAGCAAUGAUGUGCCUAUUAAAUAAAGUCUGCUUUUCAAAACCUUACGAGACUUCUAUCAUUGGAAUCAUCUAGUAUUUCCCUCUAAGAAUUUGGAAUAUAUAUGGAAAAUAAAGGAAGUUUGUCUUCUAAAAGUAAGAGUUCAAAAAAAAAGUCACACAUUUCUAUACACUGUGUUCACAUGAACAAGUGCUAUGUGCUGGAGAUACGCUUAAGGCCUCAUGAAGUGACAUGGAUCUAUGAAUGAAUGGGACAGUGGUACUACUCAAAUCACUAGAGCACACAUGUCAAUAGCUUAUUAGACUCCUAGCUUAGAUGGAUUCAAUGACACUUGGGCACUAAUAAUUUUGAAAAUGCUGGCAUUAACAUUUCUGUGUAUCUUUUUCCUCAUGCACAAGAAAGCAGAUGGUAAGUACACAAUAAUGCUUUCAUUGGGCCUUGCUUUGAUAUCUUUGAGUGGGAAGCAUUAAAAAUAACCACUCUGUGUACGAUUUCACUCCUAAAACAAGCAUUCUGCAGGUAAGGUGCCUGUGGUGUGAGCAGUUCCAAACAGAUCCUAGAGAAAGACAAUGACCGAGUCACUCUUCCUCCACCACCUUGUGUGCAGAGGCCAGCUGAGGGCUUCAGAGUGAAAAUCAGGGCUAGAAUCACAACUCCACCAAUUCAAGUGCGGCCUUGCACGCUGCCAGAAGCUACUACUGCCACUGCUGCUACUGACAUGGUGCAGCAUUAUUCUCUUUUUGUGAUGACAGUGCCUGUACAAGCGAAGCUUGGAAAGCUCUGCCUUAGAGCAAUGACGUUUCCAGCCAUAUGACUUCUGAGUAGGCCGGAUCCUAUUAAAAAAUAAAUCUGUCUAUCUCUAAUUGUCACGGUUUAAUGCAACUAGAAGAAUAAAACAUUGAACUUCCAAACAUUGUGUAAAAGCAAAAUCUCAUUUCUACAGGCAAGAAGAUGUUAAAAAUUGGCACAAUGGCUUUUUAUAUCUGACACUCCUACUGGGUGCCAUUCAUGCUCUCUGUCUGCUAAUUAUUACUGAUGGUAGUCUAAUUGUGAUAACCUCCCUACUAUUGAUAGUAUGAAGAGACUUCCAAACUUGUCCUUUAACUACAUGUUCUUCAGAUCAAAGCAGAUGAGAAAUGUUCUCAGCACCUUGAGAAAAAGACUUUUUCCAUUCCCAAAUCAGGUUUCUAGUUGCUAAAGCAGAGCAAACUAAACCAAGGCAGACAGCUGAAGGGAUUAAUUACCCAUCCAUACUUGCCUAAAAUGUUAAUUCCGCAUUUAUAUCCUAUAUAUUUUAUUUCUUACCUACUGGGCACAAAAGGUUUGGAUCAGAGCCACUUCUAGUGGCUUGUGUUUACAUCAGAAACACGUUCUCUGUUUCUUGGAAGAGGCUAUGCACUUUUAUCCCAUAAAAAGGUGGUCUCAAUGAAGAAGAGAAAUAAUUCAUGUUAACAGCCUGUUUUGGAAGGUAAGCACAGCUUUCUUUUUUGAAUUAAAUGGCUUGUGGUUCAGAGCAAUUCUGUAAGGAAGUAAUUGUUUGAUAGUUGCUAAUAUAUGAAUAGAGCUAAUAUAUGAAGAGCUUUAGGCACAUGCCUCCAACAUUGAUAGCAGUGUCAGUAUUUUUGGUGUGCAUGCUUUUAAAAACAGCUUCAGUAACAUUUUGAUGAGGGAAUAUUAGUUAGAUAAGAGGUAAUGCUUCCCCAAGUCUAAAGAGCCUGUGCACACAUUUUCUUGUGAAUCAACUUUCUGCUUCAGAGGGCAAUUUAUCUGAUAUUGUUUCAGACCAAAUAUUUUAGUAUAGAGACACUGAUUGUUCUAAGCUGGAUUUUAUUUUGCAGACUCUCUUUUUUUUUUUUAAAGUGUUUGAUUACUUUCCGAUUUUAAGCCAAGGUGUGGGCUGCCUCCACAAAGGACAAGCCGAUCUCCACUUUUUCCAUGAUCCCUUUUAUUUAUAAACAGAACAGUUCUGUUCUGGUUCCAGUGCUGGCUGGGAAUAUAUAUCUAGUGUACUAAGAAGGGGAGAUUAUCCCUUCCAACAGCAGCCUGUAUUUGUAUUAUCUUAAAGUGAUUGUGGUUCUGAGCCAUAUGCUUUCACUAAAAGUAAUUUAUUAUUCCAACAAAUACUUAUGUCCACACAGCAAAUAUUGAGACAAUGUAAGAAAACUACAUUAACUGACAAACCCAUUUUCCAUAUGUGAUCUUGACUAGGUCUUCAUACUCUAAAAUAUAGAAGAAAUUCUUCUGCCAAUGUGCUAAGUUUUUGGAAAUUUCAUUAGCAUUUUUAAUACUGUACUGCACAAAUUUGAUUAUCAGUGUGGCUUUCAUUACUUGUAAAUCAAAUCUAUUAGAUAAAUGUCCUGAGGCUAUUUUAACACCUGUCCAUCCUUCAUCUGCUUACUCCUCUUUGUUCUGUUUCAAAACUUGGUUCUGUUUGGCCCCAGUUCAUGCAAACUUUCUCCCCUUCAAGAUACCUUUUAAUACUUUAAAUGAAAAAUGCUCUCAAGUGCUGUCUUCAGGAGGAGUGGUUCUCACGUGUGCUUUCCUGAAGUUGAGCCUUCAAACUGAGCACUGGCUCCUUGUGUCAGGAGCUCAGAUACAGAAGAACUCCAGCGGCAGGCCACAAACACAGAGUUCUAGCUAAUUUGCCAUCAAGAGUGCAGGCAAAGAGCUUGCCAGCAAGUCUUGCCUUGACUGGGACUUAACUAUCAAUACAGGCAGACUAAAUUAAUAUUAAAACAAAUAAAAAAGAAACCCAAACCAAGAAAGCAUAGAAUGGCUGUCCCAGACAUCUUGUUCAGAUUGCUGUCCAGGCUCCAACAGCUGCUGAGAGCAAGCACAGUGGAGGAGUGUAAAAGCUGGGCAGCAUGUUGCCAUGUGUGCCCAGAACAGUCUUUCAGCCACCAGUAAUUUGUGCAUCAGGGACUUCUGGGACAGUGCACGCUGAUGCCAAAGAUUUAUUUUGUCUUUCUGCUGUAGCAGUAUCUCUGAGAGCUCUUUAUUUUCUCUCACUAGGACCUACCAUUCCCAUAAAUUCUCCUGCAUGCUACUGGAUAUGUUUAAAAAAAAAAAAAAGUUUGCUGUUUUUUUCUUUCCUCUUUUGCAAACUGAUCCUCAAAACUUUUGUUUUCAAUUAUUACCUCUUUAUGUUUAGCCUGCCAGAAUUUCUAAUUUCAUUUUCCUCAGGCAGUCUAAGACAGAGGAGAUCCUACCUCCUGCGAGAUAAAAAAAAAACAAAACAAAACAACAAAACUCAGCUGAGUCAGAGUAUUAAUAAACUCUUUGGCGAUCUUGAUUACUUAGCUGAAAACCAGUAGUGUUCAGUGGAUGCCUGAGCGACCAUGAUGAAUACAGACACAAUGCCAUUGGACAUUAAAUUGCUGAGACACUACCUACCUACAUUUCUAUAAUCCACCCAGCCUUAAUAAGAUUGUGAACUCUCCCAGUUAAAUAUUCGGAGUACAAAUAUUUUGGAGUAAACAAUUGGAGUAAAUAUUUUUCAGGAAAAAAACACUAAAACCAUUCAUCUGUGACUGACCCCAUUUGAUCACCCUUCAAUACUUCCUUUUCUGAGAACUUGGGCUGAUUUUUCAUUAAGAUGUUGCUUCUUCAAGCCAGGCCAAGCACACAGGUUGCCCAGUUGUCCUUAUUUGCGGAGGACAGUUGAUAAGUUGAUAGCUAUAAUGGAACAAAUAUUCUGUCAAAGUCCCUUUGGAAUAGCUCCUCAUCUCAACACCUUGCUGAGAGUAAUUAUCCCUUUUGAUAAAGGAGGCAUUUAACUUAAGUGUUACUCCACAGAAUUUCCCUUGGCAGAGGCCGAUCAUUUGUCUUUUCUGAAGAGGUAUAUCUCUUCUUGCAGCUUUACUGUCUCUUCACAGAUUACUCCUUUCUUUUUCAGACAGCAGCCCCUUUCUAAAACAGCCUUUUCCCACAUCUAACAGCUGUCCUUUAGAACUUACAUGUUCCUGACUGGGAAUGCUAACUUAAAUCUAGUUUAAUGAUAUCAAUGUUCCCUUGAAUCUGAUUUUGACGGGAGACACUUUAUUUCUACUUGAUCAGAAUGCAGUUAUUCUUGUUUUGUACAAAGGCAAUAAAGUGCUGUUCCCUUUGGUUUUAUAUAGUAUCCUUAGAUUUACCAUUUGCACAUGGAGCACUCUCUAAAUUAGAUCCCUUGAUGGACUGAACUGGUAGUAUGCCUCUGUGCUGGCUGUUCAUGGACAGACAUUAGAGCACUGUGUGCAAAAUGAAGGCAUAAACCAGAGACUACUCUAGCAGCACUUUCUGGCACUGAAAUCCAGGUGCUUGUAGGUAGUUUAGCUCUUUGCAGCAGAGAGGAGAGGAGAAUGGAGCCUGAUUAACUCUACAUGCCAGCUGGUACCCUCCUCUUACCCUCCAAGUGGCUUUACCCUGAUCUACUUGCUUGCGUGCAUGUAGAAGUGCAAACAGAAGGGGAGGGAAAUACAGAAUAUUUUUUUGUGCUACAAAACUCAGAGAGAAUGUGGGCAGUCUCAGAUCUGCUUUCUCUUGUAUUCCUCUGAAGGCACCUAGGAGCUCAAAUCAUCAGCAAAGACUCUUAUUAGGUCAGGAGCCGUACGGUAUGCAAGGACUGCUCCCAGUCUAAAGAACAGAUGGGACGUAGCAGUGCUAAUAGAGGUUUCUGAGGAUUUGUCAGGAGAUCUUAGACUGCUUAAUAGAUUGCAGACUGUACAAGUGUAAAAGCCUAUAAAUAAAUCUUUUAGUUUUACAGGACAAAAAGAGAUGUCAAAAAACAACAACAACAAACCACCCAACACAAGUCAAAGGGAAGUACUGUAGAUGAUAUGCUACAGAAGCUAUUUAAAUCCACACUGAAAACUAAGCAGAGAAUAAGUCCUGACUCUUGUAAGUAACAACAGGGUGUUAAUACUAAGCCCUUAGAGUGACCAAGUACACUUGCUUGGCCAUUCCCUGACACCUGUUUUAAUGUAUGAGUAAAUUCAUAUUAGUGAUCAAAUAACAAAAGAAGGUCUUGCCCUAGAGCAAUGGUCCCUGUCAGUGUCUCUUGUUCAUGCUGUGGUUACUGCCUUCAGAUGCAAAAGGCUUCUGCUUCCUCACAAUCCUGGGUGAGAUUUAGAAUCAACAGCACCUGUGAGUAUUUCUUCAUAUCUCAAGAUCUAUAAGAUUUUCAGCAUUAACAUUUUUUCCUUUCUGACGAGCUCAUACCAUUGUACCACUUAGAUAUUUCUUUCAUUUACUAUUUUGAUUUAAAAACAAUUUUAUUUAUUCAUGGUUAAUAUUUCCAGCAAAAGGAGUUCUCUAGAAUGGUUCAUAUUUCUGGAACUGGUUCCUGAAACGUUCUUGUUUUCUAGCUCAGUUCUAGGACUUAAAUCCUUGCCACCUAUCUCCUUGCUCCCGACUUCAUGAGCUUCCUGCUCUCCUCUCUAUUCUCCU